CAGAUCCAACGGCUGACACCAAACCCCAUUCGUGAAAUCCAACGGCCACAAGAACGUCCGCGUUUACGAAACAAACCCAACCCAUGUAUCCUUCAUCCUCUUAAGUUUAGUUAUACCCUUCCACCGCGCCCCCGCUCUCUUUCUCUCUUUCUCUCUCUUCCCAAUUUUCCCAGAUUCACCUCUUUCUCUCUCUAAAACUAAAAAACCUCAUUCCUCAUCCGUUUCUGUUACAGAGAGAGAAAGUUUCUCUGUUAUUGUUGUAACCGUUUCUUUCUUUUUUCAGUUAACAAGAUGGAACAAUCCAACGGUUCUGAUUCGCCGCAGCAAAACCAACACAAACAACAGCAACCGUCGUCAGACAACCAUCAACCGCAACAACCGAAGCAGCAACAACGGCAACAUCCACCGGCCGUUGCGGUGCCGACGCAGCAGUGGAUGCCGUAUCCUGCGGCGGCCAUGGUAAUGCAGCACCACAUGUUGCCGCCGCAGCACUACGCGCCGCCUCACUACGUGCCUUAUCACCAUCCCUACCACGCGCCGGCUCCACCUCCUCCGCCUCACGUGGCUCACCACAACCACCAGCAGCACCAGCAUGGAUCCGGCGGCGGUGAGAACAAGACGGUUUGGGUUGGAGAUUUGCAUCACUGGAUGGAUGAGAACUAUCUCCAUCGAUGCUUCGCUUCCGCCGGAGAGAUUUCAUCCAUCAAGGUUAUUCGCAAUAAGCAGACUGGUCUAUCAGAGGGUUAUGGAUUUGUUGAAUUUCAUUCACAUGCCACAGCUGAGAAGGUUUUACAGAGUUAUGCUGGAAUUUUGAUGCCGAACACAGAGCAACCUUUCCGCCUGAACUGGGCAACAUUUAGUACAGGAGAGAAGUCCUCAGACAAUGUUCCUGAUCUUUCUAUUUUUGUAGGAGAUUUAGCUGCAGAUGUUACAGAUAGUUUGUUGCAUGAAACGUUUGCUAGUGUGUUUCCUUCUGUUAAAGCUGCAAAAGUUGUCUUUGAUGCCAAUACUGGCCGUUCAAAGGGCUAUGGUUUCGUCAGGUUUGGAGAUGAUAGCGAGAGAACAAAAGCUAUGACUCAAAUGAAUGGCGUUUACUGUUCUAGCAGGCCUAUGCGUAUUGGCGCUGCAACUCCAAGGAAAUCAUCUGGCCAUCAAGGAGGCCAGACAAAUGGCGCAUCCAGCCAAUCUGAAGCGGAUUCUACAAACACAACUAUAUUUGUUGGAGGACUCGACCCUAAUGUUACAGAUGAAGAUCUUAGGCAGCAAUUCUCUCAGUAUGGUGAGAUAGUAUCUGUUAAGAUACCUGUUGGAAAGGGGUGUGGUUUUGUCCAAUUUGCAAUCAGAAAUAAUGCUGAAGAGGCAUUGCAGAAGCUAAAUGGGACAGUGAUCGGCAAGCAAACAGUUCGUCUUUCUUGGGGCCGUAAUCCAGCAAAUAAGCAGUUUAGAAUGGACUUUGGUGGCAACCACUGGAGUGGCACCUAUUACGGAGCCCCUGUGUAUGAUGGUUAUGGAUAUGCAUUGCCUCCUCCUCAUGAUCCAAGCAUAUAUGCUGCUGCCUACGCUGCUUACCCUAUCUAUGGAGGCCACCAACAACAAGUAAACUGAAGAAACAAAGUGCAACUGCAGGAGUAGCUCCUCUCACAAGUCACAACAACAGCAUCAUGCUUGAAUGAGGAAAAUUAAUUCUUGAUUUGUAACUUGCUUGAUCUGUUGAAAAUUCUGAUAAGAACCCCCUCCUAAUUGUGGAGUGGAGUUGAAUUUUGGCAUCCUGAAGUAGCACUUUAGGGAUUAAUUUAAUGAUAUGAUUACAUUCAUAGGAAAGUAACUAUAAUGAGGAACUUGUUUAUUGGAAUAAUUUAAGUAUGAAAGAUUUGAGUGUGCUUGCUUGACAUA